AUGCCUUCAGAGAUUAUUCAAGGUUCUACACUAGUCGUAGUGUUUAAGGUCAGCGGAUUAGAUGCUGCAGUUCCCAAGGUAAGAACUAAACAACAGCAACAACAACAACAACAAAAUUCUUCUUGA